CAGCCUCGGUAGGCUAGCUUAUGAACCUCACAGUGUUUUAGCAUAUCUCAUUUGAACUUACUUUUAUUUAUUAUAUAAAUAAACGAACGAACUAACAAAGAUGUCUAAACUAACGCUUAUCAGAUUGUGUUUCUGGCUUUAUCUGGUGCGAACGGUGGUCUCCGAAGAGUAUCUUUAUCUUAAAGUGGGAGGUGAGCUGGUGUUGACACCGGACAAAUCCACAGUGCCUGACCCCAUCACAAGCAUCCUAUGGAGGCAUGGGAGGAACAAGGUGGCAGAGUGGGACCAGGGUUUUGGUCUGGACAUCUAUGGUGCCUUCAAAGAGCGUACAACCCUGGACCAGACUACUGGAGAACUGAGAAUCAAAGGAUUGAUGAAAACCGACAGUGGAGUUUAUUCUGUGGAGUUCAACAGCAAACAGCCUGACAAGACAUAUAAACUAUCUGUUAUCAAGGCAGUCCCCAAACCCACAAUCACUUCUUCCUGUAACGCCAACCAAACCUCCUGCACUCUGACCUGUGAGGGCGACACCACUGAUGCUGAACCAGUCACCUACAGCUGGAAAGUGGGAGAGAGAGCAUGGGAGGUCUUAUACAAACAGAGGAAUGUCUCUAAGAGCAACACUGGCAAAUCAACCAAUGGUUACAAGUACAUCUGCAAGCUGAAGAAUGCUGUUAGUGAGGAAGUCAGUGAGGUGUUUGGUCCAGAGUCUUCCAGUAUCGGUGCUGUUGUUGCUCUGGUUGUCUGUCUCAUUGUAGUAUUUGCUGUCAUAACAGGAAUGUUGGUGUGGAAGAAAAAGACAGGAUAUCCCCAAGACACCUGGAUCAACUUUUUGAGAAAGUAUUUUGGUGGAAUGUUUGCUAAAGGCAGUGAUGUAGUCCAGCCAGAACAAGGGAAAGGCAAUGCAGAUAAAGCUGAAAAGGGGAAGGCAGAUAAACCUAGCAGAUCCAACAGUCCUAAAGAUGAGUCAAAGCCUGAGGCUAAAGGCAGUGAUGUAGUCCAAUCAGAACAAGAAGCCACUCUGUUGAAGUAUAAAGACCACCAGUAAAGAAUCCAGUAUUUUAGGAUGCUGGUGGUCUUCCUGGUGGGUAACUGAGGACCAGAAACAUGGGGUUUGAAGGCUCUCACUACAUAACUCCAUAUCUGUUACAUUGAGACAAACGACCAAGAAGAGAGAAACAUUUUUGAACUGUUGGAAAUGUUUUUCAUGAAAUGUAAAAUGAAGGGAAACAACAGGCAAAUAUUUCACAAAGUAACAUGCAAUCAGAUGAAGUACAGUAAGCUACAAAGUAUUGGUACAGACAUCUUUUGUUGUUUUGGCUCUGUACUCCAGAACUUUGGAUUUGAAAUUAUACAAUGACUAUAAAGUUAAAGUACAGCUUUGAGGGUAUUUUCAUUCAUAUCGGUUGAGCCUAUUAGAAAUUGCAGCACUUUUUGUACAUAGUCCCCCCAUUUUAGGGGACCAAAAGUAUUGGGACAAAUGAACUUAUGUGUAUUAUUGAGUCACUUUUAUUCUAAAUAAGAAAAUAAUGUUUUUAAACACUUUUACAUUAACAUGGACGCUACCAUGAUUACAGAAUCCUGAAUUAAUCCUGAAUAA